AACUCCGCACCCUCCCCGCCCCGCUCUCGGAGAGGUCCCCGAGCGGGCGGGCGGGGAUCGGUUCUGGUCCAGGGAGGAGGAGGAGACGCGGCCACUGACUCUGCGGGCGGUUCGCUCUCUCACGUCCGUGCGAGUCGCGGUGGUGGGUGGCCGAGGCGCUCACGUCGGCACGAGUGGCCGAGCCGCCUGUAAGGACGACAGCAACCAGCGCCACUCGCUCACAACUGCAGCAGCGGCAGUGGCAGCAGCAGCAGCGCCUCUCUCGAGCCUCUUGUGAGUGAGUGGCCGAGUCUUUAACCCGAGCAGACGUGAGAGCCGGUGAGUGUGGGCGGCUCGUGGUGAGGAUGAGCGGCUCGUGGUGAGGGUGAGCGUGGUGAGGGUGAGCGUGGCGAGGAUGAGCGUGGCGAGGCCGCCCUGCUGCUGGUCUCCCCCUCCUCCCCCUCGUGGCGCCUUCCUCCGCCGCUGAGGCGCUCCCGGCGGACUCCGCCACGGGGCCCGCGUCCUCGCCCAGGGGCAGCUCCCCAGCCGACUCCAGCCGUGACAUUACCGUGCUGUGAAGAAGGGCCAUUGCUCGGAACGUCGUCUAUUGUGGCGACCCCCCCUUUCAGGGCCACACGCGCACUGUUGUCGAGGAACGCGGAGUGUGAGCGCUGCCGCUACUGUGAGCGCGGUGGCUCCCUGGCGGAGGAGGAGGUGUGAGGAGAAGGAGGAGGAGGAAAGAGAUUCGAGGAGCAGGACACAGCGGGCUGGCACUCAAGGCAGCGAGUAAGGAGAGAGAGGAGAGAAAGCGGACGAGGAAGAGGAUAGAAGUGGAGCGAGACGAGGUUUAAUCAGGAGUGGCGCGGGAGACGACGACGAGGAGGAGGAGGGGAUUGGAGAAGGAGGAAGUCAGGAGGCGAGCAGGAGGAGGUGGGCCAGCAGUGAGGUGGACGCUGCCGGGCGACCAUGCAUCACCAGGGCGACGAGCUGGAGAUGGAGGCGAGCCGCUUCCUGCAGGACCUGGACCUGUACGAGGCGUCCAGCCACGGCCUGUUCAGGGUGGGCAAGGCCGACGCGCCGAGCGCGGGCUUCGAGGAGGCCAGGCAGCGCUUCUCGGGCCGCCUGAGCCUCCAGCCCGACGGGAUAUCAAUGUUGCCACCAUCAUCGCCCUCUUCAGCAGCAGCAGCAGCAGCAGCAGCGGUGUCACCGCCAUCAUCAUCACCAGCAGCUGCUGCCCAGCCAGGGGCCGUACCGCGUCGCCUUCCCGCCGACUGGAGCUCUGAGGUCCACGGCUCUGGAGGGCCCGUGGCUCCGGGCAGGAGCGAGGCCUCCAGAGAGAUGGGGCCUCCAGCCUGGGCCCAGCAGCAGCAGCAACAUCACCCCGAGGCGACAUCGGCUUCUGAAGAGAGUUUCUUCAGGAGCAAGGAGAGACUCCAGACCGCGCCGGUGGAUGGGGCUGUGGUCUUGAGUGAGAACCACCACCAAGGUUCAUUGCGCGAGGGACACCAGGGCAGGUUGAGUGAGCGCCAUCAGAGUAUGUCGAGUGAGGGACACCAGGGGCAGAUGGGUGAGGUGCACCAUGUGAGAUUUAUUGAAGGACAGGAAGGGAGAUCGAGUGAGGGAUACCAUGGGAGAUCGAGUGAGGUCAACCAGGGUAGAUUGAAGGAGGUCAACCAGGUGAUAUUUAGUGAGGGACACCAGGACAAGUUGAACGAUGUCCACCAAGGAAAGAUAAGUGUGUCGAGUGAGGUCCACCAGGUGGGAAUGAGUGAGGGCCACCAGAGGAGAUUGAACGAUGGUCAGCAGGUCCAGCCACCGGCGUGCCCCGCACCGCCACCUCUGCCCCAUAAGUGGGGCCUCCAGAGGGCCACAGAGCCAGCGGGCCCAACGGCACCUCCUCACGGCCACAGGUCCGCGAAGUUCACCAUCCCCGUGCAGAACAAGCAGGACUUCAGCAGCAGCACCGAGGAGCGACUUGAGGCCAUGGCCCAGCAGAUCGAGAGUGAGCUGGACUCCAAGAAGCCCGAUGAGUACUACGGUGUGUGCGUGAAGUGCAACGAGGGAGUGUACGGGAUGGGCGAGGCCUGCCAGGCCAUGGGCUGCUACUACCACACGCGCUGCUUCACGUGCUGCUCCUGCGGCAGACGCCUGCGCGGGAAGGCGUUCUACAACGUCAACGGGAGGGUCUACUGCGAAGAGGACUAUCUGUACUCCGGCUUCCAGCAGAACGCGGACAAGUGCUUUGAGUGCGGCCACCUGAUCAUGGAGACGAUCCUGCAGGCCGUGGGCAAGGCGUACCACCCGACGUGCUUCCGCUGCGUCGUCUGCAACGAGGGCCUGGACGGGGUCCCCUUUACCGUCGACCGCGACCACCGGGUCUACUGCGUGCAGGACUACCACCGGACGUUCGCCCCGAAAUGCGCGGCUUGCGGCCUCCCCAUCCUCCCUAACCAGGGUUCGGAGGAGGUGAUCCGUGUGGUGUCCAUGGACAGAGACUACCACGUGGAGUGCUACCACUGCGAGAGCUGCAAGAUGCGGUUGAACGACGAGGAGGGGCGGCGGUGCUAUCCGCUCGGCGGGCGCCUGCUGUGCCACCACUGCCACCUGCAGCGGAGGGAGCCGGCGGGCGGCAGCAGCGCGUCGCCGUGACGACGCCGUCGUCGCCGCCGCCGCACGACGAUCCCGGCGCAGGUCGGCUGCGUGGCCGUCGUCGUCGCUGUCGCCGCUGAAUCUGAUACCGGUGCCGCCCGUGCGCUUUAGUCGGACCGUGGGGGAUCCCCGGUGGCAGCUGUCCCUGUGCGGCACAAGAUGAACGCAGCACCGGCCUGCAAGUGGGCGCCAGCCUACCAGCGGGGGGCGAUGUGUUGCUGUGCGUGAAUAGGGAUUCAGUAGUUUGCGAGUAGUCGAUCACAUUUGGGGCGUGGCGGCAGCACACGUGGCCCACACUUUUGUUGAAUAAUCUUGACACCCACGACACAUCGCAGCAUUUGCCCAGGUUGGCCGCCGGCUUCGAAGGUGCAAACCUCUUCUGGCGAGCGGCGAACGCGCUACCGCUCGGCUCCGUCACCGCCCCGGUUUCUGGACCGCCGGCAAAAACGGAGAAAGCGGGAAGAGACGACGCCCCGCAUGCUGCCAGCCGGGGCUCUGGACGGGGGCUCCCCAAUAGCCUCUCUCCGGCUGUUGACCGAGUUCAUUGUCCCGCGGUUGACUUCCUACCGUGAAUCUGGGAACGAAGUGUGAGACGGCAGGGUGCCUCACCUGCUGCACCUGCUGCACCUGCUGCACGUGCUGCACCUGCUGCACCUGCUGCACCUGCUGCACAUGCUGCACCUGCUGCACCUGCUGCGCAUGCUGCACCUGCUGCACAUGCUGUCGAGCCGCACGUGGGUCCGCUCUCCGAGCACAUCUGGAGAACAGGCACUUUAGCGGGCAUCGUUUUUAAUAUUUUUAUUUUGCGUGGACACCGCGGCAGUUUGUUUAAAUUAUAGUGCACCCAGCCGAGGUCGUGGCGCUAAAUUAAAGGUGUUGUUGGUACCGAGUCGGGUGUGUGGUGGUGGAGGUAUUUUAAUUUAAAGAGAAUCAAAUUAAUAUAAUUAGGAUACAUAAAAAAUGCUUGUAUUUUGAAUAAACGUUAGAAUUUUG